AUGGACAUCAAGGACAUCAUCGACAUCAUCGACCUGGCACCGGUCCCGAGAUAUGUCUUACUUCCCCUCGGGGCCGUAGUGCUCUAUGUUGUCUUCAAGGUGGUCUACAACCUAUACUUCCAUCCCUUGCGCAAGUUCCCUGGCCCUGUGGCAAACAAGCUCAGCAUCAUCCCCCAUCUGUGGUCAGUGUUCAAAGGAAAGCAAUCCUAUGAGCUACUCAGACUCCAUAGCAAAUAUGGCCAUGUCGUUCGUUACGGACCCAACGAGCUCAGCUUCAGCUCAGCCAAAGCUUGGAAAGACAUCUACGGCCCUCGCUCCGGCCACCAACCCUUCACCAAGGGCACCUGGUAUGACGGCCUGAGCAUCUACGCCGCCCAAGAUAUCCGCUCCAUCAUCACCGAGCGUGACCCCGUGAAGCACGCCGCAAUGAGCCGCCUGUACGGCGGCGCCUUCUCACGCGGCUUCCUGAACGAGAUGGAACCCAUGAUCAUCGACUACAUCGACCGCUUCGUCGAUUACGUCCGCUCCAAGACCGCUGGCGGCGGUACCGUGGACCUGACCUUCGGCUACAGCUCCAUGACAUUCGACAUCAUCGGCGACUUGGCCUUCGGGCAGGACUUUGGCGCCAUCGGUUUGGAGGAGCCCCACAUAUUCAUCCGCGAACUCAACGAGUCUUUGGGUUUCACCAGCUUCAUGGAGGCUGUCAAGCGCUUCCCGCCUUUGGGACCCAUCGGCCGCAUCCUCUUCCGCAGCCAGGUCGAGAAGCUCGAAGGCAUCGCGCGCAAGGGCGGAGAUUUCGCUCUUGAUGUCAUGAAGAAGCGCGUCGCGGAGCAGGACACCACCACACGCAAGGACUUCCUGACCAAGGUGCUGCAGCAGCGCGCCGAGUCCAAGAUGGACAUCUCGGAGAUUCAGCUCGCCGCGCAAUCGUGGGACUUCAUCGGCGCGGGCACUGAGACGACGGCGGCGGUCAUGACGUCCACAACUUACUAUCUGCUGAAGGACAGGGAGCUUCUGGCCCGCGUCACAGCCGAGGUGCGUGCUGCUUUCCGUACCAGUGCCGAAAUUACAAAUGCUUCUGCCGAGAAGCUGGAGCUCCUCCAUCGCGUGUGCCUUGAGGGUCUGCGUCUCCCGACUGGAGCGCCGCCCAUCUUGCCGCGUCUGGUGCCCAAGGGCGGCGACACGGUUGACGGGUAUUUCCUACCCGGAGGCACCCCAGUGACCAUCGCUCCGAUGGUUGCGGGGCUUCACCCUGAUAACUUCAAGGACCCGAUGGUGUUUAACCCGGACCGGUGGCUGGGCAAGGGCGGAGAUAUUUUGGAAGCGAGCCAGCCUUUCUCACUUGGUGCCCGCGGGUGUGGAGGAAAGCCGUAA